UAUUUGCCUUUAGAAAGUAGUUCCCUAUGACACCUUCAACUAGUUAGAUGGUUGGAAAAAAUGGUCGAAGUCUUUCGAAUUAUUGGGCUCCUCUUUUUGGUAUUCCACUUUAGUUAUUCUGAGUAUAUGGAUCCAUGCCCUCAUCAUAAUGGAUUUUCACAAGACGAAGCAGAGGCAGUAUUAAAAGAUUGGCCCGGCAAUCUUAACUUGGCCAAGGUUAAUAGGUCCCACAAGUGUCAUGUGACAUGCAUUUUGAUGUAUUUCGAUAUAAUUGGUACCUCCGGAGAGGUUACUCUUGACAAAUAUUUCGACUCUGGUGUUAUUGAUGAGUUUGCGUUUGCACCAACAUUGUUGCGAUGUCGUUAUGAGUAUAGAGAAGAAACUGAUUUUUGUGAGCAUACUUUCGGUAUUUUCAACUGUUUCAGGCAGGAGAAAUUACUAAGCACAAAAAAAUAAUUAUAAAAUCCGUAAAAAUUAUAUUUUGUAUCUAAAUUGAAGUUAAACAUUUCAAUAACUUGUUUUUUAAAUUCAAUGGCAGUGGCACCUUAGAAAAGGAUUGUAUUGAUGGUAGGAUAGUUUAAGGCUUUCUUAGUUUAUUCUUAAUAAAUUCUUUUUGGAUAAAGGGA